CAUAUUUUGGGGAAUGCUGAUAUUUAUUGGAAUAAAUGCCCAAACUAUAAAACUAGCUAGCUACCUGACAAUUACGUUAGUUUUAACUAGCUAUGUUCGCUUGCUAGGUACCUUUUUAAAUACGUUUUUAAGAUCAAUAUUUCCACCAAGGAGGUUGCCUCUCCAAUCAUCACUCGCUUAGGCAAGGGACAUAAUGUAUACUCGGAUUUGACGAUGUAAAACGUAAUUCGAGGGUUUUAGGACCCAGGGCUGUAGUUUGUACUGCUGCCUAUAUAUGAUCAAAAUAGUCUAGGUGGGGUUCUCUCAUUGUCUCCUUUUUACAAGGAUUUUGAAACAAAAUACACAUUUACCCUGGGCAGAUGCCUACCUACAGUUUCGAUCAAAUCAAUGAAAUAAAGAUAGCUAGGAGACCAGAGUUGCCUAACCUUUUUCACCAGCACUGGUCUGAAAGCGCAAUAUUUUGGGCCUAUUCUAUGGGGAGAUUGUCUAGCCAAGCCAGCCCUAUCAAGUCGGUGCAGACGAAGAAAAUCACUGGUCUACUCUAGUAAGUAAUGGAGAUUCCAGUAUUCACUGUUGAUGCGUUUACCAACUUACCUUUCAAAGGAAAUCCUGCAGCAGUUUGUCUGCUUUUACAUGAAUUGCAGGAUGAUAUGUACCAGAACAUUGCUGCUGAGAUGAACCUGUCAGAGACUGCCUUCAUCAUAAGGCUGAAUUCAAAAGAUGACUUCAGCUCAGGAGCACGCUUUCGUUUGCGUUGGUUCACCCCCACCACCGAGGUUCCUCUGUGUGGCCAUGCCACCCUGGCUUCAGCUGCAGUACUGUUUUACAAAAAAAAAAAUGUCAACUCAACAGUGGUAUUUGAGACAUUGAGUGGAGAGCUGUAUGUGCGACAACAAGGGGAAUCUAUAGUGAUGGAUUUCCCCCUGAACAAACCUACUCCUGUGGGUCUUAAUGAAUUUAAAGACAUAGUUAAAGCUGCUGUGGGAGACCAGCCAGUUCAAGAAGUGUGCCUCUGUGCCAUCACCAAAAUGCUAAUGGUGUGCCUUGCUGACAGGUCAGUGCUCACAUCCCUGCAGCCAGACCCAGCAGUUCUGCUUCGUGUAGACACUGGCGGGAGGGUUAGGGGUCUGCUUGUCACCAGUAUUGGAGACCCUGGCUGUCAGCCUGGCUAUGACUUCUACUCCAGAAACUUCUUCCCCUGGUUCGGGGUUCCUGAGGACCCUGUGACUGGCUCUGCGCAUACUGUCCUUGCAGGCUACUGGUCAGAGAAACUUGGCAAGAAAAAGAUGCUGGCCUAUCAGUGCUCUAGCCGUGGUGGGGAGCUGGAGCUUGAACUACAGGAUGAUGGCAGGCUCAAUAUCGCUGGCCAGGCGGUAACCGUCCUGCAGGGGAUUCUCACUGUGUAGAGACUUUGCUGUUUACUCAGAACUAGCCAAAUGUACAACAGGAGCAUAGCAAUUAAAUGUAAAAAAAAAACC